UGCAAGUUCAGUGAUGUAAAAAAUAGAUUUAUUCAUUUACAGGAAGUUGGAGAAUGAUAGCAGGCAAGAUAAUAUAGCAGAAUAUUGUCUAAAAGAUGUCUGCAAAAUGACACGGCGUUUUGGUAUUUAAGGGCCAGAUACACGUUUGAAUGUGACAAGACUGUGACAAUGACGCUCAACAUCUGACAAGAUUGUGAAAUUAAUACGCCCAAACAAUCGAGAGCAAGAGUGCAAUAAUGAGAUUAAUCAAAUGAAAGUUUUCAAAAGAGUAGUGAUUAGAAGAACGUUUCACAAACAUUUACAAGAGGUGGUGAAAUUCUGAUCAUUAAUAAGUAUGGUAUGGAAAGAUCAUACAAAAUCCAUAUCUAUAAGCUGAUAAGGUUCAAACUCAUACGCCGUUCCUGGAUAUUCGGUAAUUUCGUUGAUCAAGGAUUCAUUGGAAUUUUGAAUUAAAGUUUAGAUCAAGACUCAAACGAACUAUUGGCAACUUCUGAUGAUAAUCAGGCAAUGAUAGCUUUGUGGCAUUUGAAGAAAUUCUUCAGUUGGCUUUAGAACAUGAUGUCGAUUUGAUUUUACUAAGCGGCGAUUUGUUUCAUGAUGCCAGACCAAGUUCUCAUUGUUUGUUACAAUGCAUGAAAUUAUUAAGAAAAUAUACUUUUGGAGACAAACCCAUAAGUGUACAAUUUCUAAGUGAAAAUGAGUUCCAUGAAUCUAUAAUAAAUAAAGUAAAUUACGAAGACCCUAACAUUAAUGUUUCCAUACCUGUUUUUUCAAUUCAUGGCAACCAUGACGAUCCAACUGGGUAUAAGCAUGUUAGUUCCUUAGAUUUAUUAUCAUGCAAUGGUCUUGUGAAUUAUUUUGGCAAAUCUCCAUCUUUAACCAAAGUUUCUAUAGAGCCUUUAAUAAUGCGUAAAGGUGAAACAAAAGUUGCUUUAUAUGGCCUUAGUCACAUCAAAGAUGAAAGAUUGGCUAGGUUAUUUGCUGAUCAAGCUGUAACUAUGGUGGCAGAUGAUGAUACAGAGGAAUAUUUUAAUAUACUAUCAAUACAUCAGAAUAGAGCAAACAGAGGUUUAAAAAAAUAUGUACCUGAAGAAGUCUUGCCAGAGUUUUUAGAUUUAAUAGUAUGGGGUCAUGAGCAUGAAUGUAGAAUUGAACCUGAAUUUAACACAUUGCGUUCUUUUUAUGUAACUCAACCAGGUAGUUCUGUUGCAACUUCCUUAGCACAAGGUGAAUCUAUACAAAAGAAAGUGGCUAUAUUGAGAAUUCAUAAAAAGGAAUUCAAAAUUGAACCCUUAGUAUUAAAAACUGUACGGCCAUUUGUAUUCUGUGAUAUUAACUUACAAGAUUUAGAAGAUGAGAUAGAUCUGAAAGGACCUGAAGCACAACAAAAUGUACAAGAAUACAUUAAAUCAAAAAUAGAAUACUUAAUUGAAGAUUCUAAAUUACAAUUGUCAGGUCAUCCCAAGCAACCAACUUUGCCUUUGAUUAGAUUGCGUGUGACAUAUUUUGAUGAGCGGCAAGUUUUUAACACAAUACGUUUCGGUCAACAGUUUAUGGAACAAGUUGCUAAUCCUACUGAUAUGGUAAUUUUGAAAAAAUUCAAAGCAAAGCAUGAAAACUUAUUGAAAACUGACUUAGAUAGAAAUAUUUUUGAAGAGGCAGCAUAUGCUGAAUUACAGAACACGCAAACACGUGUAGAAGAUAUAGUGGAAAGAUAUUAUUUAGAAAUGGGAGAUAAUAAAGAAGUAAUUGGUAUGUCUAUCAAAGCCAUGGGUGAAGCUGUUGCUCAAUUAAUUGAUAAAGAUGAUGAUUAUGCUAUACACGAACUUAUACAACAUCAAGAAAAUGCUUUGAUGAAUCAUUUGAAAAAGACUUACCCCCCAGAGGAAGAAAUUGAAGAUAGUAUUCGAUCAUUUUCUGCAAACAUAAAACAAACUGAGGAAGAAGCUUUAGUUAUGUUAAAGAAAAGGUUAAAAAUUAGUCAGACACCUAAAAGAAGUGCUGAUAUUAUGGCAUCGAGUGAUGAAGAAAGAGAUGAUAAUAAUGAUACUGCAGAUAAAUCAACUUUACCUGCUAGAGGUAGAGGUUCAAGAGGUGGUAAAAUGAUGGCGACUUCCAGAUCUUCGGCUGCAUCUAAAGGACAAUUAAAUAUAUCAGUAAAUACUUCAACUUCAUCAGCAUCAACAACUGCAAGAGGAAGAGGCAGAGGUUCAAGAGGUAGAGGUGCUACAAAAUCCAUACUUUCUAGUCAACAACAACCCACAAUUUCGACAGUAUUUAAAACUAGCACAGCCAGCAGAAAAAAGCCCAUUAUGUAUAAUAAUUCAGAUUCAGAAUAAUAAUACAUUCUUAUAUGCUCAUGAAUUU